UUCCAACUUCCAACCCACCAUAGCCCUCCUUUUUCCAGCUUGGCUCACGUUCCCUCUUUCCUCCACCACUCUUUAAAACCCCUUUCUUUGAAUCAAAACACAACCAUCAUUUUCAUCUUCAUCUUCGUCUUCGUCUUCACCACAAAAUGCAGUCUAAAAGGCCACCCAUUUUCCAAAAGCUUUCUAAUUUCCUCAGAGUUUCAAUCUUUAUGGCUAAAAUGAAAAGACCUAUCAUCCCAAAGCUCCUUUUCCUCAAGAAAUCAUCCAGAAUGAAGAGUUUUGAACUCCUUCACCACUAUAACUAUGGGUUUGUUCGAGAUUUUGAAUUCUCCCCUUCCACCACUCCUCUGUUUCGGUUCAAUAACAGAGGCGGCCGUCGUGGCCUCCGUCGCUACGAUGUCUGUUCGGUGCUGUUUCCAUGUAGAUGUAUUGUUGGUGGUUCUGGAGGUGAAAAAAAGGAAGGAGAUGGAGAUUAUGGCGUGGAGGAAGCUUUUCCGGAGUCGUUGGAUUGGAGUGAUGAUGAUGAUUCGAUUGAUCGGAGGGCUGAGAUUUUCAUUCAGAAGUUCUAUGAGGAUAUGAAAAUGGAGAGGCUAACAUCCAUUUUUUGACUUCAUGAGUUGAUUCUUUAAUUGGGUUUGUUGAAAUUUGAAUUGUUUUUUGAUUUACUCACUCACUCCACUGAAGUUUUUAGAAAUGGUGGAGAUUGGUUUUUGAAUUCUUGUGAUUUGGUUUUCUUCAUUCAUUAUUAUUUAUUGGAUUGGUAUUGAAUCAAAUGUAAACAAAUUUUGGAAUAAAGUUUAGAGUUUUUGUUGUCUCCCCCA